GAAUAGAAAUCAGAAAUCUAAUCCUGACGUGGUGGCGCGCCCUGUCAGUUUUAUCUUGAAAACUGGCAAUCCGGGCGUGUCUCUAUAAAAAGCCUUAUUUAUGCUUCUCUCAUAGACUAAAUCUCUGUAUCCAUACCAGCUCCCUUGUCCACUUCUCCACGCGAAUUUCCUAUUUUUUCCUUUCUUAGCCAGAAAUCAGGGGUCCGGUGUAGAUUUUUAUUUUGAAAUCCAACCUGCUUGUUUCGAUUGUGGUGUUUGCAUUGAGAAGCUUGGUUUUAGGUAAUUAAUUAUCAACUUCAAUAACAAUUGAAGUCGCAGCAGGCUGAGACUUCCUAAGUUUUAUGGUUCCUGAGUAAUGACUGGGAUUUGGGAAAUGUUUGGGAGAAGAGACUUUUUUUGAGGCUUACGAAAAACUCUACAUAAGACAUCUGAAAGAAACUGCUACAAGAGAAGAACUUUUUGUAUGGAAUCAAACUGGGCAAAACACAGGAAAUCCUUGGCAUUUACCGCUCAAGUGAUUCGAUCUGCAGCUUCUUCUGUGCUCUUUUCACUUAAAAUCCCUAUAGGGGAUAGUUAACGUGAAUUUAUUUAAUCAAGUACUAAUACAUUGUUUCCAAGGUUCUGCUAGAUUCUAGGGAGAUAUAAUAAACUACAUGAAUCAUCUCCAUCUCCAUUCAAUUAUAGAAAAUGUCUGGUUUUACGAGUAAGAAGAGAUUCUUAGACACAAGCAUGUCUUUCUCCACUUUGAUCACACAUGAAAAUCAUCAAGUGUAUUCAAAAAGCAACCUUCUACUAGCUUCGCGGGUUGCUGAUGAUAUUGAUAGCUCCAUUCUACCUGGAUUGCCUGAUGAUGUGGCAAAGCAUUGCCUUGCACUUGUUCCUCGCCGCUACCUCCCAGCUAUGGGUGCUGUUUGCAAGAAAUGGAGGUCGUUUCUUAAAACCAAAGAGUUCAUCACUGUGCGAAAAUUAGCUGGCUUGCUUGAAGAAUGGUUUUUUGUAUUAACUAUGGAUUCUAAAGGAAAAGAAAGCCACUGGGUGGUUUUGGAUUGUUUGGGACACAAACGUCAGCUUCUUCCACCCAUGCCUGGUUCUACAAAGGCUGGGUUUGGGGUAGUUGUUCUAAAUGGAAAGCUUCUUGUCAUGGCUGGCUAUUCAGUGAUUGAAGGGACUGGCACUGCCUCAGCAGAUGUUUACGAAUAUGAUUGUUACCUCAACAGUUGGAGCAAAUUGUCAAGCAUGAAUGUUGCUCGGUAUGAUUUUGCCUGUGCAGAGGUUAAUGGCAAGGUUUAUGCUGCUGGGGGGUAUGGAACGGAUAGAGAUAGUCUCUCCAGUGUUGAGAUGUAUGAUCCUGAGACUGGCAGAUGGACCCUGAUAGAAAGUCUUCGCCGCCCGAGAUGGGGUUGCUUUGCCUGUGGCUUUGAGGGAAAGCUUUAUGUCAUGGGAGGAAGGUCAACCUUCACUAUAGGCAAUUCAAGGUUAGUGGAGGUGUACAAUCCAGAGAAGCACACCUGGUGUGAGAUGAAGAAUGGUCGUGUGAUGGUUACUGCCCAUGCUGUUCUGGGAAAGAAGCUCUUCUGUAUGGAGUGGAAGAACCAGCGGAAAUUAUCAAUAUUCAAUCCAGAGGACAAUUCAUGGGAAACGGUACCAGUUCCGUUGGCUGGGAACUCAAUCAUUAAUUUCCGGUUUGGAAUCCUUGAUGGAAAACUUCUAUUAUUCUCGCUGGAGAAGGAGCCAGGUUAUCGUACUCUUUUGUACGAUCCUAAUGCUUCUCCAGGUUCCGAAUGGUGCACUUCUGAGAUAAAGCCAUCCGCACGCUGCUUGUGCUGUGUGACCAUUAAGGCGUGACAGAGUGCAUCGAUGAGGACGGGUCUGUACAUAUAACCAGACAGGCAGGGAUUUGUGGUUUCUAUUUCUUUUUUAUUUCUGCAAAUACUUUUUUUUUUCUCUUGUGAAAAUUACAGAGACGGCUGUGUUGCUAUAUGCUGUCUGUAUUUUGCCAUUGAUGUGCCUAAGGUCAUUUAAACUCUCGACUAA